AUGAAGAUUCUCAUUGCACCUCAGGCUUUCAAAGGCAGCAUAUCUGCGCUCGAUGCAGCGACGGCUAUGCGCGAAGGAGUUCUGCGCGUCGAGCCAGACUCGGUGGUGGUCACGGUUCCAGUCGCGGAUGGAGGCGACGGCACCCUAGAGACACUUGUGGAAGGCUCAGGCGGGCAGAUUCACCAGAUCGAGGUUACUGGACCUCUUGGCGAACGGCGUUCAGCGGAGUGGGGUGCUAUGGGCGAUGGGGUUACGGCAGUCAUUGAGAUGGCGCGCACCUCCGGUCUUGCGCUAGUGCCUGACGAGGAGCGUAAUCCCCUGAUCGCUACAACUUAUGGGCUUGGCGAGACGAUCAGACAUGCGAUGCGUUCGGGUUACGAGCGAUUCAUCAUAGGCAUUGGAGGUAGCGCGACCAAUGAUGCGGGUGCGGGAAUGGCUCAGGCGCUGGGCGUCAGGUUGCUUGACAAGGAAGGGCACGACCUCUCGUUCGGUGGAGCAUCGCUUGCGAGUCUUCGCAGCAUCGACAUGUCGGGACUGGACGGGAGUAUUGCCGAGUGCGAAUUCCUGGUCGCCUGUGAUGUGAACAACCCCCUGACUGGGCCAACCGGUGCGUCCGCGAUCUAUGGACCUCAGAAGGGCGCGACUCCAGAUAUGAUUGCUCAACUGGAUGCUGCGCUGACGCACUUCUCCGAAGUUGUACAGCGGGACCUGGGAGUUGAAAUCAGCGACGUGGCUGGCUCUGGCGCGGCUGGAGGGCUUGGGGGUGGACUGAUUGCCUUCGUGGACGGACGGCUUCGCGCCGGCGUUGACAUCGUGCUUGACGCCGUCCAUCUUGAUGACCACCUUCCGGGCUGCGACCUAGUGAUAACCGGCGAGGGCAGCAUGGACCACUCGACCAUCUACAACAAGGCACCGGUGGGCGUAGCGGAGCGAGCCAAGAGGCUGGGGAUUCCCGUGGUUGGCAUUAGCGGCUCGCUGGGGGCGGGCUACCAAGAUGUGCAUGCACACGGUAUUGACGCGCUGUCGUCAAUAGUACCGGGGCCAAUGUCGCUUGGCGAGGCUUCCGAGGGUGCCGCUGCACUCAUAGCUGAUGCCGCUGAGCAGGUGAUGCGCCUGAUCAACGUCGGCGGGACAGUGUUCAACAGGGGCUAA